GACACCAACAUUUUGUCAACUGCGUUAAAGUAGACAUGUUAAGCAAAAGCAGAGUUUAGUUCAUUUUGAAAUAUCGUACCUGCAAUUUGGGGUAUUUCAUGGAUUUCAUAUGAGGAAUGAAGGUAAGAAAUCAUUUAGGAAACAAGGACAGAAAUGUGUUUAAGAGGGUGUGAAAGAAAGGAGGUAAUGAAUAAGAUAAGCAAGAAGGGAAAGUGGGAAUGACCGAAUGGCUGACUGAGCUCACCGUGUCACGCUGGUGUGGGUACCAGAAGCUUCACCUCUGCUACAGAACCUGCAUAUAAGUGAGCGAGUCUGGCCCACUCACGUGCACUAACGUGCAUGUGAAGCUGUGGUAACCAGACAAACAGGGAAACUUUAUUCUCUGCAGGUAGACAUUACUCCAUUCUAUUUAAAUAGCAAAUAGUAUCUUUCACUGAAUAUCAUUUGCAGAACCUUUAAUAAAUGUAAUUCCCGACUCAGGUGGUUUAAAACUCCCCAGCGGUUGAAGCCAGUCUGUCAUUAAACCUCACACCUUCUGUUAUUGCUUCCUCCCUUUUGUUUGUCCUCAAACAGGAGGACCAAAGGCUCAUUCACUGCACUUCCGAACAAAAAAAUAAAUAAAACGGCAACAUGGGCAGCUCCUCUCAGAAGACCAGUGGUGAUACUUUGACUCCGCGCUUCCCAUGAGACCCCUUCCCUCCCUCGUGCCCUCGGGAGCAGCCAGACCCUGCAGCAGGAACUCGCACCAGGUUACCUGGCAACAGGUGUGAAAUUCCCAAAGGCCCCUGACAAUGGAAAAGGUGGAGGACAUAAAGGAGUCUCAGCCGGCUGCAGGAAGGAGGGACGUUGACGUUGACCAACUCAACCUUUCCAAAAAAAAACUCACCAGGCUCCCUGACCUGUCGAGGUUUCACUUUCUGAGGGAGUUGUGGCUCAAUAACAACACGAUCAGCGAGCUCAGCGGUCGUUCCCUCAACUGCUGCUUGACUGAACUCUACCUCCAAAACAAUAACAUCCCGUCUAUUUCUGGGGCCUUAAAACACCUGACCUGCCUCAGAGUUCUCCUUCUGCACAACAACCGGCUCAGAGGGCUGGAGGACACCACCAAGGAGCUCAGGAGGAUGCAGCAGCUCCACACUGCCACUUUUUUCCUAAAUCCCAUCUCCCACGAAGCGGAGUAUCGGCUGCAUGUGAUCCACCGCUUGCCUUCCAUCCAGGUGUUGGAUGGGGAAGGUGAGAUCUCCGGGACACGCGUCGGGAAACCACCUGCGGCGCGUUCCAUUUGUCCGACUGUCGCGUGUGUCACGCCGCCAGGGGUGGAGUCGGCGGAGAGGAGGCGGAGCUUCCAGAUGUUCAACCGGGAGCGCCACCGCGUCCUUCAGUCCGUGGCCUUCGGCAGACGGGCGACCGGCUGAGAAGACGAUGGUUACGGCGAGCAGAGAAUGAGCCUCUUGUAUCCACAAAACAGUCUCUAAUCACACCUCAUGUCGUACUGACAACACAGAUCAGGAUAGAUUAAAAAACAACAUGAUUAAAAGAAACUAGGAACCCUGGAAACAGUAAUUCAAUGUUUAUUUUGUUUAUAUUUAAAAAAUAUACAAGUUUGGUCAAUAUUGUGCGGCCCAGCCAUCUGCUCACAAUCUGCUAUGAAAUUAUUGGUACAAAAAAAAAAAAAAAAAAUCCCAAUAACAAAUCAAGUAGGUAAAGAAAGCACUGCUCUGAUUGGCUGCACAGGUCUCUUACAGUUUAAGGCAAAAAUCACAUUCCAUCAGGGGUGUGAACCAUCAGCUUGUCACAUGACCCACCUCCCACAACCCUCUAAUCACAAACACGUCAACUUUCACAUACAUAUACACACACAUUAUAUAUAUA